AUGACGGUUGUUGAAACCAGCGUGGAGCAGAAAAUUGCUGUCCAAAAGGAUGUGGAGGAUUUAGUUGCCGCCUCUCAAAUAUAUAUGCAACACAAUGAUGUUGACGGCAAAGCCAAGCUUGACCUGCAGAGGAAGGCAUCGAGCUUGAUCCAAACGCUGCGUGGUCCUGUUCCAUCCGCUUUGGCGCAUUUUGAAGAUAUCGUCCAAAUGGCAGCUAUCAGAACACUCAUGGAGGCGGGCGUUUUCCACACGAUUCCCAAAGGAGGGGCAAGUAUAACGGCGGAGGAGAUAUCUGCCCGGACCUCCCUGGACAAGGACAUAUUGAUACGACUGAUGCGGGGUGUCACUCCUAGAGGUCCGUUCUGCGAGACCGGCGAAGAGGAGUAUGCCCAUACGCCUUACUCUGAGGCCUAUCUGACCCCGGAUAUCAGUGGUUGUUUCCCUGUAAUGUCUGACUUCAUCUUCGGACCCAUCUUGCAAAUCUGUGAAUUCCUUCGUCAAAACGAAUGGAAGGAUACUAUCACGACGAGAAACAAUCCAUUUUCCCUCGCUCAUAACUGUCCCGGUGAGACAAUGUUUGAGUACCUAUACAAAAACCCCAAACAAGUUUCUCGGGUUGCCAAAGCUGAAGCGACAGACCCAGAGCAAAUCGCAAUGGACAUCUAUCCAUGGGAAGAAAAGCUGGCAGCUGUCGCCAGUGGUAAAGUCGCUGUCGUUGACAUAGGUGGUAGCCAUGGGAAUGCUCUCAGACAAAUCAAAAAGAACACCCCUGGAUUGAAGGGCCGCUUGAUCCUACAGGAUUUGGAGCCAGUUAUUCUCGAGCACGGUGAAGCCUUGAGCGCUGACGAUUUCGAGCCGAUGGUCUAUGACUUUUUCAAACAUGUGCAACCGGUUCGGGGGGCCUUGAUCUACUACUUCCGACGUGUCUUCCAUGACUGGCCUGAUACCCCAGAAUCCAAGCAAAUUCUCCAGAAUACAGCAGCAUCUAUGGAACGUGAUUCCAGGAUCUUGAUCCAUGAUAUCAUUGUGCCCGAGGUUGGAGCCACAAUGAGUCAUGCGUGGCACGAUAUCAGUUUAAUGGCGAUUGGAGGCAUUGAACGCACAGAAAAGAACUUUGCACGCCUUCUAGAUAGCGCAGGUCUUGAGUUGGUCAAGGUCUGGAGAAAGAGUGGAGAUAUGCUGGGUAUUGUUGAGGCUCGUCUGAAGUGA